AUGGACAAACUUACCUCCAGGCUCGUCACUUUGAAUAAAGGCUUGGGUCAAGUUCGUCAGUUUGCCGCGGAGAAGUUAGGAACAGCUGACGAUAUAACUGAUCUUCCGCAAGAAUAUAAAGACCUCGAAAAGCGUGUGGACGCACUGCGCACAGUUCACACGAAUCUUUUACGUAUUACUCGCAUUCAUACGAAUUCGUCUUAUGAUUACCCUUCGCAAGUGCAAGAAUCUGUGGUAGAGCUCUCACGCAACGUACAAGAUCAGCUCAAAGUUUUAACUCAAAGUCCAGCCGAGCGUGCAGAAUCCGUAUCUCGCCAGACGGAUGUAGUGCAGGCUUCGGUUCCCAAAACACUUCCACACGCUUUAGCACGUGCGUCUGCUCAGGGCGCUGAGUUACUGGGUACUGAAGAUCCUCUCGGGAUAGCAUUGAUUAAAUAUGCAGCUAUUCAAGAAAGAAUAGGCGAGCACAGGAUAAAAAUGGAUGAAGAGAUUACACAAAAAUUUGUUCAGCCGUUUAAUACUACGUUGAAUACCGGUAUCCAGUUUGCAAUGAAGGCUAGACGGAACGUACAGUCUACGCGGCUGGCCUUGGAUGCUGCUAAAGCAAGGUAUAAGAAUACAAAAGCAGAGAAAAGCGAGGCUGCGCGGCUAGAAAUUGAACAGGCUGAAGAUCAGUUUGUUGCCGCUGUUGAGGAGGGCAUUACGUUGAUGAGGGCCGUGCUGGAUAAUGUACUUAUCACUUUAUUGGCAUUUCCCGAGCCUUUGUGUAAUCUUGCUGACUUGGUGACAGCACAGUUGACGUUUCAUAAAGAAGCCUAUGAAGCAUUGGCUGAACUCGCUCCCGAGAUUGAUGAAAUUCAAGUGACUCAGGAGGCUCUGUACAGGUAG